UCAAUCAACAACAAAAUGUCGUCGUCACCAACUCCCUCGGAGCGCGAAGCUGCCGACAAGGCCACUGCUGCCCGUGAGGCCGAAGAGCAGGCCAAGCUUCCGUACAAGUGGAUGCAAACCAUUCAGGAUGUAGACUUGACUGCUCAGGUUCCUGGAAACCUCAAGGCUCGCGACUUUGACAUCAAGAUCACAAAGGACCACCUUCGCGUUGCUGUUAAGGUAACGACANNGGGCGAUCUCCCUCACCCCAUCUAUGUCGACGAAUCUACCUGGACCCUAGAAACCACUCCCUCAGGCAAGGAACUCGCUGUCCACCUCGACAAGGUCAACAAGAUGGAAUGGUGGGCCCACGUCGUCAAGAACGCUCCCAAGAUCGAUACCUCCAAGAUUGCACCUGAGAACAGCAAGCUCAGCGACCUUGAUGGCAACACCAGAUCCAUGGUUGAGAAGAUGAUGUACGAUCAGAAGCAGAAGGAGAUGGGUAUGCCCACUUCUGAUGAGCAGAAGAAGCAGGAGAUGCUUGGUGUGUACACUUCAUACCAUUGUGUCAAGACCAGUCUUGUGCUGACCAACAACCANGAGAAAUUCAUGGCCCAGCAUCCCGAGAUGGACUUCUCCCAAGCCAAGAUGUCGCCAUGA